GUAUAUUUUGGAGAAUGGAGUACAGAUAUGAAGGGUGCAACACUUGAGUUAUUGGGUAUAGAAAAAGGGAAUGGUACAACUUUAACAAGAAAACAUAAUGUUUCUGCAAUUGAUUUAUCUAAUUUAAGUAUUUUGCCGUAUCACUUUGCGGUGUUCAGCUUAAACCUGGUGGCUCCAGAAGAGGAAGGGCUGUAUCAGGCAGAAGUUAUAUUUGCCACAGAUUAUCAGAACAUAUUUAUUCCUGUGAUGUUACGAACUUCUGAGGGUAGUUUACAUGCCAUACCAGAGAGGGUCGUAUUUGACAAAGUAUUUCCUGGUCGAAUUCCAACAAAGAUACUGCAGGUCCACAGUACUUUUCAUGACCAGAUGGUUUUUAAAUCUGUUACAUUUCAACCACCAGAUCAUAGGUGGUACUUUGUCAGUGCGAAGGAAGAAAAUGCUUCAGUUAAUGGCAACUCAUUACUUAUUCUGGAGCCACAAACUAAUAAUACUAUUGGAAAAAUAUUUUUUGAUAGUAAGAAAGAUUGUAAGGAAGAAUGUUAUGUUGGAUUGUCAACAUUUACUUUAGCUGGACACCGGUGGUUACAAGGUUUACAACUUAAUAAAGAUACUUCAGAUACUGAUGAAUCUUUGUAUAAACAUCUUAGACAAAGAUGGAAAAAUUUACAGGAACAAGGAAAAGAUAGAGUAAAUAUAACUAUAGAGAUAGAUACGAGUACAGUUCAGGGAUUUUUAUUUUCUGCUCAUGUACAACAACAUUGGCCUGAUAUAAUCAGAAGAACUUGUAGACAUCAUGUUAAAUUCCCUUUAACUCAAAUUGGAAAUUUAUCUACAAUUGAUUUAGUGGUGGAGAAUAAUGGAGAUAUUCCACUUUUAGUUCAAGUUGUACCGUUACAUCUGUACCCUAAUCCUCAAACUAUUAUAAACCUUUUACAUGACAAACUACCGCCUAAUUUUUCCGAGUAUGUAGAAACAGAUGAUCCAGAUAUCUUUAUUUUAUCAGAAGUAGAGAAAAUGAAUGCCUAUCCUGACAGUGCAUUAAUUAGAUUCCGUGAAAACGUAGAAUCAAAAAUGGGAGUUAAAUCACAUAGAGAUACCAUAACAACAUUUCUUACCAAAGGAUUUAUUACAAAAAUCAAAGUACAAGUUGGAUUUAGACCAAAGGAUGAUAGUUUAAAAACUUCUUUAAUCAUUGUAAGGAAUAAUUUAACAAUAAUAGAUGCAAUUGUGUUAGAAGGACAAGGUGGUAAAGGAGAGUUAAAACUAAACAAUAAAAAACCUGGAAUUUCAACAUUACAGUUUGAUAUAGCUGAAAAACAUCUUAAAAACUGUGAUAAACGGAAACACGCCAAGAAUUUGGUGCCUAAUUUUACAGUAAAAAGAUCAUUUACAUUACGUAAUACAGGAGAAUUACCAUUUUAUGUACAUGGAUUCAGUAUAAAUAACGCAGCAUGCGAGGGUUAUGGUUUUAGGGUGCUGGAAUGUGAGGGAUACGAGAUGUUACCUAAUACUAGUCGCAAAGUUGAUAUAGCUUUUACACCAGAUUUUACAAUGUCAAGAAUACAGCGUACGUUAACAAUAUUCACGAGUUUAGGGACAGAGUUUAAUUAUACACUUCAAGCUACGGUUCCCACUCAUACGUUAUCAAAAUGUGCUGCUUCAUUACCGAGACCUAAUUGGGAACCAGUUUUAUACUACUCUAUAGUUUGUGUCAUGAGUUUUAUCUUAUUUUGUAUACUGGUAGCAUCUUAUUUUGAAGCUGAUAGAAUUUUCGUUGCCGAUAUUUUAAAACGAAAAGUUAAAAUGUGCAAUGGAACACCAACCUACCAGAAAGAGAAAAUAUUUGACUUGAAGAAUAUUGGAGUGUCACACAUUAAUGGUCAAUCUAGUCCAGUAUCAACACCUAAAACACUACAACCAAGUAAUCUUAACAGAAUUCCACGUCCAAUUAUUGAGAUGACCAACGGUCAUGUUGAACAUCAAACCCGAGAAUCAUUCAUGACAUAUUUAUCUGGGCUAUUUAAAAGCUUUUUUGUACGUAAACCUUCAACAAUACGUAAGAAGGUCAAUAAUAAUGUAGAGAGUCCAGCACCCUCAUCUAAACAUGCACCUGAUUCAACAGCGAUGAAAGAAAACGUAGUUACAGAGAAAGUAAAACCUUUGCCAUCUCAGGAUGUUGUUAUUCCAGAGAAAUCCAACCAUAUCUAUUCCCAACAGAAGUUAACUCUUCGUAAACCAAAACCUGUUAAAAAGUCUCCCACAGAAAUAUCUCCCCCAGUCGAUAACCAGAACUUGACACCAAGCAGUAAUUAUGAAAGGAAACAUAGCAAUAAGUCCAAUACAUCACAGAUGGACAAGAAAACAGACACACCAAACAUUGUGAAAGAUAUCACCCCACCAGUUAUGACGACACAAGACUCCAGCGGCCUUGCUUGUUUUGAUGAAGUCAAGCCAUAUGACAAUAAACAAAAGUGCAAGAAGAAGCUGCGGAGCAAACCCGAACGUGACAAUAUAAUCAAGGACCGUCUUUUACUGAGGCAGAACGAUGACAAAGAUGAGACGUCAUCAACAACAACCGACUCUUCUACUGGAGAUCUGGAAGAAAAGAGUUUGGGAACCAGGAAUGGAACCCCUGAACCUGCCCCAGCACCAGUAACUAAACCGAAGAAGAAAAAUAAGGCACGUAAUCUUGAACCACUGAUUAUGCCUCAACCCGAUGAUGACACUGAUGAAUUUGAACUGACAUCUAAAUCACGAGCUUAUAAAAAGGUGAAAGGUCAGCUUAGUGGUGAACAACUUAAACCUAGCCUUCUAGAUAUUGACCUACCAUACAACAUAGACAAGACUAAGCCCAAGAAGAAGAAGGUGAGCCCAGGUGUGAAGGAAACAGAGAAGAAAGAGAAACAAAAAGGUGUGCUGAGUGAUCCUGAAUUGUUGGAUGACACUAGCAUGGAGCCACAUCAUUCUGAUAGUGAUUCUCCCCCACCCUCCUGGGAUGAGCCACACCCGAAUUCGCCCGCGGAUGACUUAAGCGAACUGUCCAUCCAGACUGACCAAUUUGCACAGAAGCAGGCCAAGGUGCUUGAACCUGGCACCCACUUGAGCAACAUCUCCCCAGAUGGACUAACUAGCAGUAGCCGUUCAAGCAGCUACUCGAGUAUAGUAAGCAACAGUAGUGGUGAAGGAGCCAAUGGUAAGAAGGGAGACAAGCGGACACCAACAGCUGUAGCGGGAUACACUCCCUUUAGUGAUACAAUACCAGUUUCUGUUAUUCCUAAGACGUCUCCACCAAUGACAGCCAAGAGGAAUGCAUGGGGUACCUCCUCUACACCUACAACACCAGAAACCAUUGGUUUUGGACUACAGACAAUACAGGAGAGCAGUAGACCUGGCAAUACAUUGACCGACUCCCAGGCUGGUGUCUUCACCCAAUCUUCAUUUACCUUUGGACUUAAUGUACCUAGUUCUACAGAUGGUAACUAUGGGUUCAGUAAUGUAACAUACAGCAGUCAACAACAAGAGUCAUUGACCAUGAUGCAGCGACUUCAGAUGGAGAGAAGGCGUAGAAUCAAGGAACACCAGAGCAGAAUCCUGAAAACAGGGGAUGAUUGGCCAGGAUUUGGAGUGCCACUUACAAGGAAUGAAAGUUUAUGGGAUUCUGAGUACAAUCCUCUGGACCCCAACAACACCUGGGCGAUGGCUCCUGAAACCCCACCUGCUCCCAAUGAGACUGGUUUGUGGAGUACCCUCACACAUAGUGCUAAUAACAGCUGGAACUCACUGAUGGGUAUCUGGGGAGGUAGUGGCACACAGACAAGUGUAGCUGACCCACUUUCUGCUGACAUACCAUACACUACAACCGAGGGUACGAGCCCGGUCAGCACAGCGGUGACACAGAGUGCCGAUGCUCUACCAGCUUUCAACCCAUUCUCUACAGACAUCUGGAGCCCAAGCGCUUCCACAGCCUCCAGUGGUUGGACCCUGCCAGGUUCCCCUCCAGCCAGCUCUGCUGAUGAUCAGAGGAAUGACAUGAUUUAGAUAAAUCUACUGUAGAACUGACAGAAAAUAAUGGACUUGUAUAGAUUAAGAGUGUAUGCUUUGUUUACAAUAUUGUGUCUAAAAAUAAAACAACUGGCCCUGUCUUAAUGUCUCUUUCACUUGUAAUUUAUGUCACACCAAAAUGAAUGAAUGCUCUAAAAUCAAUUAUUAAAAGCUAAUUAUAUAUAAUAUUCCUGCUGUUGAAAUUGUAAAGAAAGUAUUUAAAGAGGAAAAUUCAACAUUUUAUUGAAUGUACUAGUAAGUCAUUACUAAAGAUUUGUUAACAAAAUAUUUGCUAUAACUGAAAGAGACAUUAAGACAUACAUUUUUGCGUGUGAUUUUUUUAGAUUUGCUGUUUUUUACCUUUAGAUUUUUAGCAAUGUCAGCUGUGUAAAUGAUUGAUAGUAAAAAUUAAAGAUUUUUGACAUUGACAUUAACAAUUUGACUGAGUGAAUCUUAUGACUUUAGUGUUUAAUUCAAUGAUAUGAUUUUCUUGCAUUUGACUUUGCUCUGAUUGUGUCUGUACAUGCAUAUGAUACACCAAGAAUAUAGCGUUAAUUGGCAAUUAAGAAUAGGCAUGAUUAGGUCUACCACCGUAUAUAAUUAUUCUUAAAACUGAAAUAAAAAAUAAGAAGUAGUUGAUACUUGUGAUACAAUGUAUUUAAUGGAUUAUAAACACUUAGUAUUAUACUAUAUAUUAUACAAUGUAUGAAAUAUAACUGUAUACUAUAACAACAAAUUUAACACACAAAAAUUGAUCAUAUAGUCCCAUGUUAUCUGGCAUGGAUUUUGCUAAUCAAUAUUUUAAGGUAGUAAUUUUUUAACAUAUUACCAAACUGAUAUUUAUAUAUGCAUCUAUACAUCAUAUAGUUAAAAAAAGAUUUAAGUUUAGUAUUGGUAUAAAUAUAAUAGUAAUAAUAAUAAUGAUGAUAAACAUAUAGUAUGUAUAUUGAAGUAAACUUUGUAAUGCUAUGAAUGCAGUUUUCUAAAGAAUGAUUGAUGAUGAUAAGUGUUGGUAUAUGUUAUUAUUAAAAUCAUUAAUUUAACUUGAUUGACAAGAUUGAUUUUGAGUUAUAAAAGAAUCUACUUUACCUUGGUAUACAACUUGUCUUUUUUUGGAAAUGUUAAAUGCAGAUAAUGUAGUUUUGAGUUUGCUGGAUGUAACUGCUAAAUUUAUCUUUGUAUCAUAUAGAGCAAUAAUGUGUUGGAACGUUCGCUGCUUUUUUUUUAAUGACAAUAAGAUUUAUAGUUGCGCUUAUAUUUCAUAGCUUUUUUUACAUUUUAUAUAAAAAGUAAUAAUAAUAAUAAGAAACCAUACCUUUUGUGUAACUUUAAAUGACAUAAUGAUACUAGAAGAAUUGUUUGUGUUGUGUUUGCUUUGUAGUUUACGUGUAUGUUUUAUGUGUAAAGAUUUGCCAGUUGUUUUACUUUGAUUACACUUGUAAACUUGCAAAAAAUGCAGUUGUUAACUUGAUGUGACAUAACAGCUCAUCACCUUUCCUUCACAUACAUGUACAAAUAAUUGCUGAGAUUUAGUUUUCUGCCUUAUUUGUUUUGAGAAAAGAAUAUGUUGUGGAAACAAAAGAUACCAUCAUAUUUUGAAAUGGUAAUGAAAAUCUCAGUUGUUAAGAGAUAUUAUGUGAAGGUGAGGUGAUUUAGAGCUUUAUAUAUAGCUGUGCAGUCAUACUAGUUUCAUGUACUUGUCAUUUAUCAAGCCAGUGUUAUAAUUUACAAUAUUUAUAGUAGAAAAUAUUGUAACAUUAAUGACUUCAUUUACUGUGUUUUUAAAGACAUACAUAUUUUGUAUAUAACCAUACCUUGUGAAAUUUGGACUCUGUGUUAACAAGAUCUUUUACAUUCUUUUUUGGUUUAAUCAGCAUGGUUUUUUCAACAUUCAAACAUUUAUAAUGUUUUCUUGAACAAGUAUGAUAGCUCAAGUUAUAUAGAAAAAUGUACAUAGAAAUUAAUCUUCCAAACAUGUUUGGUCGCAGUAAUGUUUAUUGCAAAAAAAACAAGCAUAUCUUUUAACAGUGAUAUAAUGAUGAUGAUGAAUUGCUUGAAUAAUAACAUGUUUGGAAUAUUGAAUUCUUCCCCAUAAAUAAAUGGAGAUAAAUAAUCCAUAAAAGAAUGGAUAUCGAUAAAAUGUGACAAAUAAUAAUAAAGAAUUUAAGACAAAAAUUUGACGUAUUUAGAACUGUAUCAUGAAAAAAUAAUAUUCUAGUCAAAAUCAAACAUUGUGACAAACUAUGUUUGGUAAAUUAAUUAUAUUUCUCAGCUUGUGAUCUAAUCUAUUUAAUGAUACAGUUCUGUAAGGAAUGAUUUUUGUGUAGGAGAAUUAUAUCUGUAGACAUACAAAACCACCCCGGACAUGAGAAACUUGGACGUGAGAAACUUACCCUAUAUUAUCCACUUUGAAUACAUGCAUAUGUGUGUGUCAUCAGUCCACAAAUGCACGUGCUUUUACGUGGCAUAGUGACAUGCAAGUGCUGUAUUUAUUGAGUAGAUAUUCACAUGAAAUUGACUAAUAGAAAUGCUGUAUGUUAAGUAAUGGAAAGUAUUUACAGAAAACGUUUUAAAGAAAAGAGAUAUUAUAAUAAAUUGACAGCUUUUAGUACACGGACGUGACUUUUUAAUAAGAUAAUUUUUUUUUAAUUCUGCUGAUAAUACUUAAUAUACUUUAGGAAAUCAAAAAAAAUUGUUACUGUUUUUUAGUUUGGUGCAAUAAAGCAGUUACUAAUGCAAGAAUUUUUGUAAAAAAAAUGUUUUAAAUGUUUAUUUAAUGACAUGAUCUUUAAACAUAGAGUAUGGACCACUCAGAUUUAUAGCUGGUAUCUUUUAAUAGUAAAAAGCUAUAAAUUUGUUUUACUCUUUGUUAAAAGUCAAGUCUUUGAGUGUUUUUUUUUUCAGACAAAAUGAUAAUAUCUAAGUAAGAUUUUCUUGUUAAAAUUUUAUCUUUCCUUGGUAACAUUUUAAGUUUAUCAGUACAUUUGUUAAGUUCUAAAUUCUUGCCUCAAGAUGAGGUGAAUAAUUCUUUAAUAAUUAUUCUGUUAAUUAUGUUGGCAUUUUUAAGUUAGAAUAAUUUUAUAAUUCAAGUUAUAAAUACUAACCUAAAAAUGUUGUUUUUAUUUUUUUUAAUCAGUAUUUUGACAAUAUUUGUUAUUUUUUUCUGUUAAGUUUUAAUUUAUUACCCUCAUUAUGAGAGUAUUUUGAUUUCAGCAGGCUGUCCUCCAGAAACUUAAACUUUCUCUACGAACUAAUCUAUAUUUCCAGCUUUCUCACUAAGAAAUUUGAUUGUAAAAAAAGAUGAAGAAGUUUGUUUGAAAUUUCUCUUUUUUUUCUUAUCUUACCACUUUGUGACUGUCUGCUAGUGAUUUCUUCUUUACUCUUUUAUAAUAGUUAUUUUAAAAUUCCACACCUGGUUGACAGCCUAUUACAAACUGUUUUUUCUUUGACGUUUCAGGUUUAUUUUAAUUUAUCUGUACAGAACAAACGUUUUGUUGGACAAGUUUAUCAAACCAUUAUUAUUUAUGUUUUUAAGAGCAGUGAAAUAACUGCAAUCGAUAUAAAUAACCUUUUUAAUGUAUUGAUAAUAAGUUUUUAUGUUUGCUGUUUUUUUUUUUCAUAUUAAGGACAGGAUCCUACUAUAAGGGUGAUGUCAUGGUGUCAGGUGUCUACACCAAUGUAAAACCAUAUAACUGUGUGUCUUGAAAUACCAUGUUUCCUUUUGUAUUUAAUGCUUGUUGGUUGAGAUUAAGCUGGAAAUAUUACACCAGAGACAUAGGUUUAUUAUAAAUGCCCCCUUAAGGGGAGGUAAUUUAUUUCCUACUUUAUUAUCUCCCUUAAAAUACUCGGAAACAGAACUGUGAGUUAAGGCAGUAAAAAACAUUAAGUUAAUUGCUUGGUUUUCUUUACAGCCUCUCUCAGAAAAAUAAAACAAUUACUGCAAUAAAA